AAACUUCACAGCCCCAUGCCCAGACGCGUGGCUGCGCUGCCUCCUUCGAGCCCGCGAAGCUCCGGGCCCCUCAGGCAGCGGGAGGGGCCCCAGCCCCGGGCCCUGCCCAGGGUUCCCGCUCCCCGCAGGGCUCGGGGGGACUCCAGGCUGACCCCCUCCCUCCCCUGAGCCCCUCACAGGGCUGACUGCCGGUGCCCCCCCACCGUCUCCCCCUUAUAUAACCUCCGCUGUCCCCACCGGCAGCCAAUCCGGGGAGGGGGCGCAACGCCCCCCUCCUCCCGCUAGGCCAAUGAGAAACGGGGGCGCGAGGCACGCGGCCAAUCAGGAGGGGCAGGCGCCCCCCCCCUCACGCGGCGCCGCUCCCCAGUACGGGCAGGCAGCGCUGCCCGCUCCCCCCCCCCCCCGGGGGGAAAGCGCGAGGCGCCGGCAGCCCCCUGUGAGGGCGCCCUACGGCCGGGCGGCCCCAACCACUGGGGCGCGGGGGGGGGUGGGAAGGGGGCUGCCAGCGAAGGCCGCGCUGCGUUGCGGAGGGGAGGGGAGCCGGCCUAAGCACGGGGCGAGGGAGGCGAGCCGCCCGCCGUCACGGAGGGCUGAGGCGCCCACAGUGCUGGGGGGGAACAAGAUGGCUCCAGCAUACACCCCCCCGCCCCCCCCGCUACUGAGGUGCCGGGGUCCGGACCGUACCAUCGGGGGAGGGGGGGGGGGAGCGGGGGUGGGGGCAGCCCCUUCUCCCUCCGGCCGGGCCGGGUGGGGGAUCCCGGCUGGGGCGGGGAGGGGGGGGAGCGGACCGUACCUCUCCCGCGGGGGGGCGGGGGGGGCGGAGGGGAAUGAGUGCGCCCUGCUCCCCCUCCCCCCCCCCACUCGCGGGAGCGAACGGUUUGUCCCGGCCGCAGCGCUAAGGAGCCGCCAGCUCCGGGCGCCAUCUUGGGUGCGACUAAAACAACAAGUCCAAAACCCCCGGCGGGGCCCCGCGGCGCCCCCGGGCCGCGCUUCCCUCCCGGACCGUCCCAUCGCGUUACCUGAGGGGGUCCCGUGCGGGUGGCGCGUCCCGGCCGCCGGCGGCGGCCCCGCGGCGGCCCCAAACCCCCCCACCUGUCCUCACCUCACAAUGGUAGCUGCAGAACGGGAGGGGGGGCGGCCGCCCGGGCCUCAUUACCAUAAUCUGCCUGGCAACAGGCUGCGGCGCCGCGCGCUGAUUGGCUGAAACGCGCCCGCCCGCCGAGACGGGGCGCAAAAGCCGUCAAGAAAAGAGUCGGGAGGCAGGCAGUUCUUCUCAACUCCUCUGGGCAGUUCUCUUAACUUGAGUUAUGGAAGCUAUGGAGUCAAUUUCUUUCUCUACCCUGUAAAACAGCUUCAAUUUCAUUAUACCACGCUGAAAUGUUGGGAUAACAAAUAGCACAAGAAAAAAUAUAAGACCAAACAAAAUUGCUUUAUUUCCCACAUGUCUUAACAGCGAUUUGUACUCAUUCUAGCAAGUCAAAGCGUUUUCAUGCUGUUGUAUUUUUAUUUGGGAUUUCUGAGAGUCUCCCUAACAUUUUGAAGACUUGAAACAUUUUAGAACUGACUUGGAUACAAGUGUGGUAUUGUGUCAUGUUUUCAUGCAACUGUAUAGUUCUGCAAUUGAGCACAAAACAGCGCAGGACUUCAGGGCUGUCCUUUCCUGGCACAUGGGUCAUGUUCUGAAAGUUAUUUGGGGAUAUUUUCUUCCCUUAGCUUGGAAAGACUGAUUCAGGGCAAGUGCACAGUGGAUGUAGCAGGCUGCCAGAUGCAGAAAAAGCAUGCUGCUCUGAUUCAUCAUCUGCAGUAUCUGGAAUCUGAUGUAAUGCCCAUUGUAUUUCCCACAUUUAAUGUGUUCUUUCUGAUGCUCCAGCACAGGCUUUGUUUUUCCAAAAGCCUCGUGCUGCCAGAGUGAGAGAAGCCUUCACAUUAGGUUAAUUUAUUUAUUUCUAGUUCUCAUAGAUAGUCCAAAUAAUUUCCCUGUUCGCCUGUCUGGAACGGUGCUGUAACCCUUCAUUGAAUCCUCCUUUCUCUCAUCUCCUGGGUCAUCAGGUCUGUAUCUCCAUCUGCAUUGUCUCGUUUGUAUACUGCUGUUUCAGCACUGCCUCUGCUGCAUGUGUCCUGCCUUGCCUAUUUUGCCUUCCCCACGGCCUACACGGCUCGUUUUUCUGGACCGCAGCGCUGUCUCCCACGCAAGCGUGUGUAUUCUCAUCCUCCCAGCGAGGGCGGCCGUGCUCUCAUUUCAGGCUCCAGCUGGAAAAGGAUGCUGCAACCCCGCCCUGUUUCAUUUACUUGCAAAUAUCUUUUUGACCCAACUCAUCUUCUUGAGCAUCUCCAUCGCCUAGUAAAACCACUGCCACAAGCCUUUGCCUUAACAAGCAAACCCCCAGACCUCCUCCCUCCAGGACCACCGCUCCCUAAAGCUGCUCAGAGACCCUCCAGCCUCCUUUGCAGACCACCAAAGCUUUUCUGUUAUUUUCCUGUCUAUAUCUCUUUGUUGCUGCUUUUGUUGGGGCUGAUUUUUUAUGACGUUGUCCCAUUCUGAGAGGCAUGUAGAUUAAAACAUGACAAAGAAAAAUGCUCAAGUGCUGUAAACUCAUUUGAGUUAUGUAAGCAGACCUUGUCUCGCUGGCCCUGUUGACCUCUCCAGACUACAUCUGUGCAUGAUAAGUAGGCACUUGCAUCCAGGUUUGCAAAUUAAACUGUGCAUGGGCUGUGCACUGUAGUAUCCAUUGAACUUCCCUUGUGCAAGCCUGAUUUAAAAUACUAAUCUAGAAGAUGGAAGAAAAUGUUUGUUAGAACCUUCUAAAUUAUAUUGCAACUGAAAUGUGAUUACUUUGCAUCCUGCAUGGAGAAUACAAAACACGGUGAAGUUAAUGAUAUGAGUUUACUGAUUUAGAGUAAGCCACAGAAAAUUUAAUUAAGAUUGCUUCAUGUAAAACAUACAAAUGUAACAAAAUGCUCCUGUUUUGGUUUCCAGAGCCAUUUUCCCCAGAGAAGAACAAAAAACCUUUCCUUUUAAAAAGGUAAAUUAUUCCCCUUAUUCUGCAAGGAAAAAGUUUCACUAAAAAGUUUGGCUGUAACCAUGUUUAAUAGCAUCUACCAAAUAAUCUCAAAAUUGCUUUGACUUAAAACUAAGGGAAAGGUGUACCAUUAAAGAAAGCAUUUCAUCACAUACAUGCACUUUUGACUACCUUUUUUUUUUUUUGUCAUUCAUUCCCCAGCAUUAAAUAAAUAUGGUCAGCAGGCAAAAUAAGUGACAAAACAAUUUACAUGCCCCAUAACAAUCCUUAUUGUGCUUUUUGUAAGAAGCGCAUCGAGUUUUAGGAAAAGGCAGCUACUCAGUUCACCAUGAACACCUACUAGAAGCCAUACCGGGGUAUAUGAACUGGGAAAGAGUGUUCUGGCUGCAGAAAUGCCUGUAGGAAAAGCACUUUGCCAUUUGCAUGCCACCAUCUCCCUCUUCCAUUACAAAAGGCUGCUGCUUCUGAAAGCAUCUUGAGGUCUGAGUUCAGUAGGAGGGAAAAAUCAACCACAAAAGUUUGGUGUUUCACAAGAUCUGAGGUAAACUGCUUUUGUUCGCAGGCUUCUCCAGAGCAGGGCCCACUUUUCCUCCUUUUUGUGCACGGCUGCUACAGGGGAGUCCUGGCCCAUCAGCAAGGCAGCGGCUUGUGGCAGCAGUAAAUGCCCAUGCUCACAGACACAUAUUGGAGCACUGAUGCACCAGAGUUUUUUUUGCAUUUCAAGACUUUUUAAUUAGAGCAUUUCCCAGAAGCCUGCACUGGACAGAUGUAGUUCAACUUCAAAUCCAGGUCAGCCACUUGAUCUCGGAUUACUGUGCAUUUAGUCCCUACAAACCUCUUCCCCCAGAAGGACGUUCAGCCUUCACGCGAUUAGCCCCGCAGCACUUGCAGGACAUAACCCAGCUCUGCUCAGGUUCAGGUGCCACCAGCAGCCAUUCCUGGUCACACAGGAGCAUUAUCAUUAGGGCAGAUACUUGUGCAUCAACCACACAGUAAACAAAGGAUAUCUUCAUUUCCUCUCCGUUAAGCAGGCUGGGAUGACUCCAAACUAUUCAUGAUGUUUGUUGAUAUUUCUGAAUGUGCUAGAAGUAAAAAAAGUUGACCAGAAAUAAAACAAAUAUUUUCUCUCAGUGUUAGUACCGUAUCUAGGCAUUAUAAUAAAGACUCAUCGCAAAGAAUUUAAAGGACUUCAGUUUUCUAGAACAUUUUCCUUUGUCCAGCCCUGGGAAAGGUCUUGUUAUUACAGGUCCCUUUGACAGCUGUUUUAAAAAAAGAGAGUGAGUUGAUAAAAUCAGGCUUAGCCAGCCUCUGUUGGGAAAGAUAGGAUCCUUCAGAGAUAUUCCUCUUACUUCUAGAUACCUUUAGUUGAUAAAAAAGGCAACGUGGAAAAAGUUUGGUGAUAAGUUAUGUUUGAUGCUUGAACUGAAGACACAUUUUCUGAAAACCAUGUUUGAUAACCUCAUUUAGGUAUGUGCCAACCACAGGUGCUAUUUGCCCAGGCUUUUUGUAAAACAGUAAAAAAUAAACCCCUGGUCUGGGGAAAAUCCACUAUUAAUUUCAAUAGGCAUGAGCUGGUUAGUCUGUCUCCAUCCCAGAUGCUCAGAAGUGAGGAAGUGAGACCCUUCUCCUUGGUGUAGGAGCUACAGGGGGGUUCCCAGCCACCGAAUCCAUCACAGCCACCACGAGGUAUCUCCUGGGCAAGCUUCCUCUUAAGGGAAGUUGAGGUUUUUGUUCUUGCAGCCUUGACCGGGAGACUCCUCUGGGCGUCACUGAGGACAAGUCAGGGAAUUUUUUUUCAAGGCCUAUUUCUACUUACAUGUAUUUGUUCUCAUGCCAAGAUUUUUGCGUUGCUUGAAGAGGGGACUUAUUUUUUCUUUCCCCAGUGUUUAUUCUCCUGAUGUAUUUAUAGGCAGCAGUCGUACCCUCUCCUGGAGUUUGUUUUGUUGGACUGCACAAGUCACAUUCCUUUUAUCUUCUCCCGUACAAUAUGUUCUCCAAUCUCCAGUUUGUCUUACUAGCUCCUCUGCUGGAGUGCCGCAACAGAACAUUUGAAAAAUAGUUUAAGUUACGUGAUACAUUUUUUGAAGUAGCUUCAGAAAGCCUUAUUGAUUUUUAAGCAAAGAAAGCUUCCCCUUAAAAGUCUUCAGCUCCUUGCAAGAGAAUAGAUUGUGAGAGCACCCCCACCAGCCACAGCCCCAUCCAACAGAGCCCAAACUGGAGACAGCAACCAGAACCAUCUGAGAAUCAUCGACAGACCCCAAGGAGAUGAUACAGGUGUGCCCAGACACCUGGCCAGCCACCAAACAGAGGUGUUUUCUUCAAAGCAGCGGAUUUACACGAUAAUCUGUGACCUGGGGGAAGAAGUGAUCUGCCAAGCUUUCUGAAUCCCUUUCCAGCAGCAGAGGCUGGUGUUGGUAGAAAGGUUGAAGCAGGCACCUGGAAGGAACUGUGUUGUCUGAGUAAGAGAUGACUUCUUACUUCAAGCAGGGCAUGAAGAAAAAGAAAGAGGAGGAACCAGCUGCCUAGCUGAGCACACCAAGGAGCUGCAGUGAGGAGCAAAAUAUGCUGGAGAUUGUUUAAUAGGUAUUUUUCACAGACCUGCAUCAGAAGGCUGUAGUGCAGCCCUGGUACUUUUUUCUCCCAGGAUGAAUGCAGCCAGGACGUCGUACAGCAGCCUGGCCUCCACAGGUGUUGUAAUAGUGGGCAAAUUACAUUUUAGUGCUGACUGGGUUUUGAGCUCUUUCUUGUGGCUUAAGCGUGUUGGAUGAGUUUAAAUAUUACUCCUCUGUAAACCUCAAUACCUCUUGACUAAGAAAGAGAAAACAAUGCAUGUUCCAUGCCAACUUCAGGUGUAGGUAAACAGUGAUGUUAUUACUAUUUUCUCAGGAGUAGUGUUUUUUGACUGUGUAGGCAAUAUCUGAGAAGAAAACUUCUCACUGACCUUGAUAUUCAGGUAGUCCUCCUGCUAACCUGGUAAAUGCCAGAAAGGAUACCUGGCUAGCACCCUUCACAAAGCGGUCUAUCCACAUAGCCCAAGGUUGUCCUGCUCUCAGAGUGGUUAUAUUACCUGCAUCACUCUGAUUUACUAGGCAGAGACAGGAUUACUGCAUUCAGCCAGGACUGGGUGAGGUGGUAUUGUCUGCUGUGGUCAGUAUGAGAGCACCCUUGGUGGUAUUAGAGGUAUUAAAGUCAGGCAUUGGUCAUCACAAACCCACUGUCUUCCUACAGGAUAGAAGUGCAAAGGGAUCCUGCAGUAAAUGUAUAAAGAAAUGGCUUGUUUCUAAUUUGGGUUUUUUAGAGCAUGGUUUUGAUUCUUUGGUCCUUCCUCAGACAAAACUCCUGCUAAAGUAGAUACAGUAAAAUUAAUUAAAUGACUGUGCUAGCUGUGCAUUGAAAUCAUUUUAGCAAUGCUUUGACAGCUUGUGAACUCCUCAUUUGCUUCCUGUGAAGCAAUCAUUUAAAACUCAUUUACUUUUCCAGUUUCAGGUUUGUAUUUGAUUUCCAUUCUCAAAGCUAAACAGAAAAAAAAAAACAAUGCCAAACAUGAAACUGAAAAGUGCAGUUACGCUGCUAACUAAAUCUUGCCUUUGCUUAAUCUUUUUUUGACCCAUUCACUUUCUGUCAUGGUGCCUGCAGAAACUGUACAAAAUAUUUUUACAAAAUACUAUUUCAAAUAAAUAGAGCAACCACAACACUGCAAAAACACGUUAAAGACACAAUCAAGAUGAAAAGACAAUUCAAUAUUCCUUUAAAGCAUACUGGGAAUCUCUCUCCUUUCAGAAUCUUUCAUCAGGUUUCCUUUAACACCUGACAUAUUGGUUGAUAACAUAAAUACAAAAUAAAAAUGAAUGAAAGAGCCCUCUACCGUACAGAAUGCAGGGUUCCUUCACGAUGAAAUACUCAAUAGUGAAUCAUGCAAUUGUUGGAGAGCUGUUGGCAAGUGUUUGAAUAAAAGGCAAAAAAAAAAAAAAAGAUUUAACGUGUGCAGUAUUUUUCCUUCCCCUAAUUUAAGGAAAUAUUUUCCCAAUGCAAGAGCCUUUAAGGAAGAGAGCAACUUAUGUAGCCAUAAACUCAUUUGAUUCUUAUUUUUCACUGCUGUACUUCUUGGAUUUGUUUCUGGUAAAUUAUUUCUUGCCCCAUGCCAGAUGCUGUUUUCAUUCACAAUGAAGUAAUAGUUCUUUGUUAGUGAUAUCACAGUAUUAUACCACAGUCCUUAUUGUGACUUCUCAAAUUUAGCGUACUGAAAUACAUUCUUUGUUGGUUGUUUGGGGGCUUUUAGAUCUAGGGCUUGAUUGAAGUCAGUCUGUAACAAAAAAGAAGGAACAGAGCCCAGAGAUCUUGGACAGUACGCAAUUAGCAGAAAAACAUAGAAACAAAAGAAGAGCAAAAAGAAAAAGGUUGAAUAUUUGAUAUAUCCUGUCUCUUCUUGCGUAGACAGAGGAAAAAUAUGAAAUAAUACUUGUGUGAUUUGCUUUUGUUCAGGCUUUGAUCUGGCGUAGGCAUUUACCUGCUGACCCUGCCAAUGGAUCUAUCGUUGUUCCAGUUGCAGGGGGAUCAGCUGGUGGCAUGGGUUGGGGUCUGCUCCUGUUCCCCACCACUCUGUGUGGUCUCCAGCCAGAGCUCUGGUGCUGCACCCAUUUGCUAAAGCAAACGUAUCCACAUAUGAAUAAUUUCUAGUUCAUUAACUGAAUCACAGGGUUGGGCUCUGCUAUACAUAGGCUAGAAACUUCGCUGUUCCCUUUUAGACAUGUGAUCUGGGGUUUCGUAUCACGAUGACACAGUUCCAUCCUGGGCUGGUAUAAGGCUUAUUAAAACUGGUGUGUGUGUUUGUGCCAGUGUCCGUAGAAAUGAAUCCUUCUGAAGGAUUACAUAAAGGUGUCUUUUCCAGAAGACAGAACAAAUACAAGGAAGCCAGUUUAGUUACUUAAGGCCUGGUCGUUCAAGGAGUGAGUGGAGCUCUCUGGAUUUUCAAGGCAGGCUACAGCACUUCACACCCAGUGGGUCUGUGUCAGGCUGUAGGGGUGUGUCUGUAUGUACACAUGUAUAUGUACGUGUUUAAGCAUACACUGAUAGAAGGAUAUAAUUGUGUUUUUUCCCCUUAAACAUAAACUGGUUAUUAUGAAAGAAUGUAAGAUGGAAGACAUUCCUUUUGAAACUGGUAAGUAAAUAUUAGUUUAAAAUCUUUGCAAGAUAAACACUUUUUUGGACAGCUCUUUGGUCUUUCUGCUCAAUGAAGGAGCUGUUAAACAGGUCUGUUAUCCAACUGUUUUUUCAGGAUGAAUGGAGAAGGUCUCAUUAGUCUUUUUAACAGAAGAAGGGGAGAUAUUUGUAGUACCUGAUGGAGUACUGAUAUAUUUAAAUGUGCUGAUAAAUGAGAUUUUACAAAAGAGAAAAUGUGGUCACAUCUUGCCCUCAUUGUAUUCCACUUGAGACUGCACCGGGUUGUAUGUUGAGGAAAAAAUAAGCCAAAAGCAGUUUGGGGGAAACUAUUAAAAUGAAGAUAAAUGAAGAUAUCUGGCUGACCAGAAGAAUCUGUAUUCAUGUAGCAAAUGUUACAUUACUCAUACUGCAAUGCUUUCUGAAGUAUAUUUUUAUAUCAUCACUUUCCAUUUUAAAUUCAGGUUUUAAAUCCCCGAAGGGAAUUCACUACCAGCCAUUUGCAUUUUAAAGUGAAAACUCAAACCUCAAUAGAGUGCUCUACUUAAGACUCCUUUUAUAUAACUUAGCCAAUGAGCUACAUCUUGGUGGAGGCCUUGGAGUCGACUGAAACAAGUCAGAAAAACUUGGAACACACCUCGUUUGGCUUUAUAUAAUGCAGAAUAUGCAGGUAUCUGUGCAAAGCUCUCCUGUGAAGUGCUGUUUUCAUGAGUGUGGGAUGGAAUGCCUUUGGAGGCAAAGAAAGACCUUCAACCUUUGGCAAACCAGGAUGGCUAGAUAACAGGCUACUCCCUCUUUCAGUGUGGGAAGGGAAAUCAUAGUUAAAAAGAAGUAAAAUACAGCGUGGCUUUUAGUUCAGCUCUUUACAAGACAGGGGAAACAACAGUAGGUAAGUUACAGAAGAAGCAAGAUGGGUUUUCUUAAAACAAAGAUCUCCUGGGGGCUGACUCAUCUUCUGAGAAAAUGUGAUUCAGGAAAGAAAUGAAGUGGGCUGUUCUCCCCCUCAGGCCAUGGGUUUGCAGGUGGAAGCUGUAGACGGUUCACUCCUUCCCUUGGAGACAUUGGGAUUCAUCUUCUGCUCACAUGUCCCAGUUCCUUUAGCUGCGUCUUGCUUUAUGUCUUCAUUCCACUGAAGCAGACUUCAAAUACAUAUAUUUCUUCAUUUCUUAUUGCCAAGAGAUCUGUGUUCUGACUUCUUCCUGCUGAAGGCGUUUAAAAGCUUUGAAUGUACUGCUACUUCUUAUCUUCUUGUGGUCUUCCAAAGAAUUGCAUGAUUCAAAGGUUAUAAACAAAAAAACAAAAUGGUGCAGAGUAUGAAGCCACUCUUUUAAAUGAGUUUAUAAAUGAAUAGUACUAGAGAGCACUGUCUUUAUUUGGGGUGUUAAAGUAUCUGGACCCACUUGUAGCACAGGGUCUGCAAGUGUGAAUCCCUGUGCCUAGGAAUUCCAAAAUCCCACCAUUUUUCCCAUAAACUUGGUUGAAGAUUAGGCUUUAAGUCAGAACAAGACCCUUCAGCUCCUUCCCAAAAUGUGUUUUGGUGGCAGGAAGUGGGAGGCAGAGCUUCUACAUCCUCUUUGCUGCUACCUCAUGCUUAUUGCCCUUGUCUCCAGGUUGCAUGUUUCAAGAAACUAAAAUAUUCCUGUGUUGACAUAAGAAUGACUGGGUAGCUGGAAGCCAUGAGGCUCCUAAUGAUGACUGCAACAGGAAAUGUCUUAAUAUUUGUUUAAACAGAAUGAUGCAAACUGCAGCAAUCCGUGAUACCAACUGAGUCGGGGGGGGGGCUUUUUUGGUGGAGUCACUUCGCUCUUAAGCGCAUUAUGCUGCUGAUAGAAAACGGUUACUAGAAAUAAACCUUUGCGCCAUCAGACAUGAAAUGUUCAAUAGACAUGAAAUGUCUCCUCGGCUUCUCAAAAUUCCUUGCUGUCUGUUCCUGUGUCGUGUUACUACUUAACACACCCUGUUGCUUGCAAACUGAGUAACUGUACAAACAAGUGAUGGGGGAGAAAUGAGGUGCCUUCAGUGUGCCACAAAAGAGCUUGUUAGCACAGGUUAUUCCAUGAUGCCUGAUGAAACACGCGCUGAAUCAGACCUGAUUGCAGAAGGAGGGGUAGAUUUUGUUGUUGAAUUGCACUUAUCUUCAAAGCUGCUGCAGAUGAUUCUACAUUUAUUCAGCAGGAAAAAGUCCUGAAUUUUUACAUUCUAUGUUGUUCAUUGCUGUGCCAUUUGUUAAGAUGAUUUGGCUUUUAAUCCACCAAUGAAUACUGAAUGAAGAAUUCAAUCGUGAAUCAGAUAUCUUCUUUUGCUUGCCAGUAAUACAAGCCAUUUUUAUUUUCAAUUUCAGGUUUCUUUUAUUGCACGGGACAAAAAUAAAUUAUGAGAGAAAAAGUUAAAAUUGUUCUUCUCAAGCAACUCUCUCGCAUCAAUGCUUAAUCUUUCCAUUAUGCGUGAUAUCAUUAAUCAUCCUACUGUAAUAUUUGACACACGUUUGUGGGACAAAUUCAGAUCUAAUAUAAAAGAUGCAAUAAUACUGACUUAUGUGGAACUGUAGCUAAUUAUAACAUAUUUGAAUUUUCAUCUUUCAUGAAAGACCUCUAUAAAAUGAAGAACCUUUUACACUGCUGAAAUGAGAGUCUGAAUGAAACUGGCAAGCAGACAAGGGGAAGAAUGAAAUGUUGUCCAAGGACAAUAGGAGAAAUUUCAGCAUCAUAAUGAGCCAAUAACUGGAAAAUAUGCUCAGUUGUUAGUGGAUUUUUUACUUGUCUUUUUCUUUAAAUUCUCAUAUGGCUUCUCUGGCACAAAUUGCACUGUUCAGCUUAGUCAAGUUGGAAUUAUUUGGUUGCCCAUGAUGUAGAAUCAUAGUUUUAGGUUGGAAAGACUUCAAGAUCAAGUCCAACUAUCAGUCUGACCUACUAAGUUUCAUCACUAAACAAAGUCCCUUAGUGCCACAUCCGCAUGUCUCUUAAAUACCUCCAGGGAUGGGGGUUCCACCACUUUGCUGGGCAGCCUGUUGCAAUGUUUGACCAAUGCAUUCCUACUGUUCUCAGAGACUGAAUAACAUCUCUUCUAGUCCACCUGCAAAGACAGGAAUAAAGAUAAUGGGAAACCACGGCCAUUGUGGUAAGAUACUAUGAUGCAGAAAGGGGAGAAUUUACAAAGUAUUUUCCGCAAUGCAGCCUCUCUUUCUUCCCUCCUCCUCUUGUGUUUUGAGUUCCAUGUGUCAAGUCAAGUGUUUGUUGCAGCUCUUUGAAAACACAUUAGACUUGAGAUCUGGUGCUGUGUUAGGCACAGAACAGAGCAGUAGGAAAAUGGCCAUCAGGAGUUAAGGAUUUAUUGCAUGAAGUUUAGGUGAAAGCCAAACUGAUGGUACUGUUUUAGGCACGGAACCAGAGCAGUAGGAAAACGGCCAUCAAGAGUUAAAGAUUCAUUGAUGUAAUAAAAGGUAGACUUUUCCUCCCUUCCCUGUCAAGCCAUUUUAAAGAUGUCAUUGAGGAGAAACAGGCUCAUUGUCUACCACUAUUUACUGUAUCAUAUCCUUUUUUGCAUAUUCCUCUGCUAGUUUUCCUCAUGCCUGCAAUUCCUCUUAUUUUUUAAGGUACGACUGUUUGCAAUGCAUCUGUUCUUAUUAUUUUCAUUCUUUCGUUCUUCUAAACUCCACUGUAUUUCUGUAGAAAUUAACUAUCUUAAACUAUCUGUGUCACCUUAUCUUUCAAGGCCUAGAAGGUCUGUCUUUUUUUUUUUUUUUUUUUAUCCCCUUUCUAGGGAAUAU